AUGGGUACCCAAGGGUACUACUCAAGCUGCUCAGUCUCCGGUGCUCGGCCCCAUUCUACGGGCGUCCUAGCAGAUGAUUGCCCGUUCGAAACACUCAGUAACCGAGGUGUGCGAAAGGUUAAAGGCCCUGCUCGUGCCAGUGUCGGCAAGGCCCUCCAGGGGUCCCGCAGCCACAGUUUGCGAAUGUCUCGAGAAGGUCGGCGGGUUUCAGCUUCAGCCCAUCAACACAUAAAAGGCGGUGUCUCUGAAACCCAAAAUCAAGGUACCGAGGGACCAAGUAUGGAUAAUAGGGUUCCCAAGCAAGAAAACGAACCGCCGCUGGUUCACGACUGUUCGACACAUCCAGACUCGACAAGACCAUGUUCGACACCCAUGACCGUGCACUAUCAAAUUGUUACUGAAGUGCCAACUGCUGUUUACAACAAACAGGCGCAGGAGUCAUUGGAAUCGAACAGGAGGAAUGAGAUGGCAAUCAAUCAGGAUGUCGUGAUGGAGGAUGCAGAGCCCACUAUUCGUGAAAUGUUUAAACAACUGGAGACUCACGUUAUCACUGAGGAGCAACUAAUCAACGAAGUCCGCGGGAUAUAUACUGGUUUGGUUCAGGUGGAAAAGAAAUGCAUCGAAGUCGAUAGGCAACAGGCCGAAUCCAAGACCCAACUGUCAAAAGCUCAGUGGCAGGUGCUGGUCUCAGUGCACCGAACGCUGCUCCACGAGCAUCACGAUUUCUUCCUGGCCUCUCAACAUCCGUCAGCGAGUCGUGUUCUCAAACAGCUUGCGACGAAAUACGCAAUGCCGGCUCGAAUGUGGCGAUACGGAGUACAUUCGUUUUUAGAGCUGUUGCGUCAGAAUUUGUCCGAUUCAAUGGAGUAUAUGCUCGAUUUUAUCUACCUCUCAUACUCUAUGAUGACGCUGCUAUUAGAAAGCGUCCCAGACUUCAAAGAGACAUGGAUUGAGUGCCUGGGUGAUCUUGCGCGUUAUCGCAUGGCGGUGGAGGAGUACGACAAAAAGGAUCGUGAGCUCUGGGCAGGAGUCUCAAGAUACUGGUAUAACCAAGAUGCAGGGGGAAGUACGAGCAAUGGGCGGAUCCAGCAUCAUCUGGCUGUUUUGGCGCGUCCAGAUGUCCUCCAACAGUUCUUCCACUACACAAAAGCACUGGUCAGCGUAUCCCCAUUCCCAAAUGCCUUACACGGCAUGAAACAAUUGGUGGCUCCGCUUUUGAGCCUGCCGACUCAGGAGGAAACUUGGGUCACGUCGUUCGUGACCACUCACAGCGCACUUUUCAUGCAACCUCCAGCCUCGGCUGAGGACUUUGCCGCCCGAGCGAAUGGAUUCCUCGCAAAAUUACGCAUGGAGAUCAACCGGAUAGGCAGAAACAGUCAGCAAGGUGUUCAGAUGACAUCUUGCAAUAUUUGCGCGAUAUUCCAAUAUGGAAGUCAAGAUGGAGUCAUGGAAAAAGACUUCACAUUGAAGUCGCAGAACCCCACUGUAGAAGAACGAUUAUUGGCAAUGCAGUGGGCAUCUGGUGCGAGGACACUUGAUGAAAGUGCAUAUGCCGACAUCUCAUCCCAGCUUGCCUUCCGAGCGAGCUCGCUGACGUUUCACACCCUCAUCAUCAUGCUCGGACAAGUCGGCGAUCCAAAUAUGUACCCCAGUGUUCAUAUCUCAAUGGCAUUUAUCUCGUGUCUUACGGUCAAUCCGGCUGCCAUACAACGAUUGGAGCCGUUGAUUCCGUGGUCGCUGCUCGCGGCGUAUCUGAACACCUUGUUCCGUGUUGAUGAUGAUAUCUCGAAAAUCGAAAACGAAUCGUUCCCGCUUGGCACCAAAGACGCUGUCCAACUGCCGGAGGACUUUUUGAUCAGAGGCCAAGCAUGGAGUCAAGUAUAUUUCCCAGCGGGAUUCUUUGAGGAGGCUCCCACCGAAGAUGAGAGACUAUCAAUCGACGCAGCUUCAACAGUGUCUCCUAGAAGACAUCGAUGCCUUUGGCUCGGUGUUCGCAUCGCAAAGGUCUGUUAUCCUCUCUUUUUGUACUCGUGCAUCUAA